AUGGAAAUCCGAAUCGACGAGACCCUCAAGCUGCUCCAAAACCUGAUUGAAUUGGACAUCCUGAUUGGAGAAGAGCUUUUGAUGAAGGUAGAGGAUGUGACCAAAUUACAGUACCUUCAGAAUAUAAUAUACGAGACUCUGCGAUUGCAUCCACCAGCGCCAAUGCUAUUGCCCAUUUCUCCUAUGAAGAUUGCUGGGAGGGAUCCGGAGUUGUGGGUUGAACCAACAAGCUUCAAGCCUGAUAUGUUUGAGAAUGGUCCGAGGAUUGAAGAGGAAGAAGUUGACAUGACCGAAGGACGGGGAACUCUGGUGCCCAAGGCCAUCCCAUUGGAGGCCAAAUGA